AUGGAGGUCUUUCGGUACUUUGCAAUUUUCUUUAUUGUAUUAUUUUCUGGAGCAGAAAGCAAAAAUUUGACCGAUUCUCGUAUGAUCGGAGGAAAGCCUGCUGACAUCAGCGAAUUACCUUACGUGGCAUCUGUUUUAUAUAGAGGUGAUCAUAUUUGUGGAGGAGUCAUAGUUAGUAGAUAUUUGUGCUCACUGUUGCUCAAUGCUUCAAAAAGUACUGUCCGCAACGAAAAACAAGUUCAAGUUCGAGUUGGCAGCUUUAGGGCUUAUUACGCUGGUAUAAUUGUGGAUGCCAAUUUUUAUUUAUUACAUCCCGACUUUGACACCAACUUUACAUCUUUCGAACAUGAUGUGGCCCUUAUUAGAUUGUCGUACCCUUUAAGAUUCGAUGAUAAUAUACAACCGGCCACAGUGGCUGAUUAUGGACAACAACCACUCGCUGGCACAUCAGCAGUAGUCGCAGGAUGGGAAAGAUUCGAGACAAGACUAGACAUGGCAGGUGAUUUGAGAAAAAUCAACGUUUCAAUAGUCGACGAGUUUGAUUGCUUCCUAUUUUACAUAGAAGAACAAGAAUUUACAAAAUAUCAGCUUUGUGCCUCCUCUUCUAAAAAACAUAUGGGCGCUUGUAAAGGUGAUAUUGGAUCACCAUUAGCCGUAGAUGGUCUUAUAGUCGGAUUAUAUUCUUGGUCAGGAAAAUGUGGCGACCCCGAGAAACCAGAAGUUUAUUCAAAUUUAGCUGAAUAUUUCAUGUGGAUCGACCAUUCUAUAAAAAUAUUCACCUAAUUUAAUAACUAUAUGCUUUGCAAUCAUUUAUUUAUUUGUACGAAACUAAAUUUAACGUACGAAUCUGUAUUCAUUUUUAUAUUUUCUUAUUUGAAAAUUAUCUGUCUUUUGUUAAAUAUUUUUAAAUGAAUCAAAUAUAUGGUGAAAAAUGA